AUGUGUUCUGCGUCUCCAUCUGCCUCUCUCUGCUCUGCCCAAGCUGCCGUUCCUCUGGCAUCGGCACCUGGAGCAUGUGCUCCUGGUCGAUCUGGUCCUGCCGCGCAAUUCAAUACUUAUGUUACGUUGAAGUUACAAAACGUAAAAUCUACCACAGUUACAGUCAAAGGAGCUUCACCAUGUUGGGAACAAGACUUCUUAUUCGAAACCGACGAUGUGAACACGGGCCUGCUAAUCGAGGUAUGGUCCAAAGGGAUGAUUUGGGAUCGCGCAAUGGGGUACCACUGGCUGCCGCUGCCCUCCGUGCCUUACUCAAACGAGGACGGUGCGGGGCAGUGGAUAUCUCUGGAAGCGGAGCUGGUGAUGCGAGACGGUGAGGUGGUCGGCACAAAGGGCGCCACAGGGCACUCGCUUCUUGUCGACUGCCGAUUCGAACUACCUUUCGAUCUAGAAAAUACUGAGGGAGCAGAUCUUCCAAAGGAACUUGAGAUGUUGAAUAACAUCAUGGACCAGGAGGCAAGGGCGGAGCAGGCGCGGAGGCAAUUCAAUAUUAUGGUCAUUGUGACUGGUUAUUCUGAAGACAGUGAUUAUACAUCUGAUCUGAACUAUCCUGUCGGGCAACAUCCAAACUCUUCCGCCUCGCAAUUUAGAUCAGCUGCACAUCAGAUGCACACCCCGCAGCGUUCUUUGGAAACAUCUCGAGAAAACUCGUAUGAAAGGGAUGAUGGUCCACCAACCCAUCAGCCUUCUCAUGGCCCAUAUUCGCAGCAUCUCACCCCUGGAAAUCAUUACUCUCAUCAUAGACAGCGAUAUUCUCCUCACGACGACUACGGCUACGGCGGCUCUACGGGGCCACCAGACAACACCUAUGGCCAGGUGAGGUCUUACAACAACGAUCCCAGCGAUCCAGAACCUUUAUUCUACAACAGCAGGCCGAGGUCAUACCGAACUGAUUAUUCCAGCCAGCAAGAGGGUCAGUGGUACGACGGCCUAACAACCGGCGACUACCCCGGCUCGCAGAACUACGAAGAUUCGCUGUAUAAACAAAUGCAAAUUUCUGACACCGCCACUUACUUGAGCAACCAGGAACCGCCUUCGAGGAAGACUAGAGUAUCAAAUUCGAGAAGACCUAGCCUGGAACGCCAAGAAACUAUAUACAAUGAAUACAACGUUUCCUACAUGACUAACACCAGUUACGAUGGAAUGGGCUAUCCGACUGGCGUGAGUGAAGAACACCGCCAGUGGGACAGUGGAGGAGGCCUGACCGCCCCGGCGGUCAACGGUAAAUGGAGGGCGCUGCCGGAACCACCGGUGGCGGACGUGUUUGAUAACCAAUGGUCGUCGAGGGUUCCCAGAAGGCGCAGUGGUUCCGUUUGUGGAGCCAGGUUGCCAAAGACACCAGCUGAACUAACUCAGGACGAUUCUUUCAGUGCUACAGAGUACACGGACAUUAGUAACAUCACCUACCCGAGUUACCCUGCAACGGUGCCUACGCAGCGCCGCAAGUUGCCGCAGGCGCGACCAUCAAGUCGCUGCUCCAACAUCGCAGACUAUGUUAUGAACACGAACGAUGUGACCAUAUCGCAUAGGGGAGCCAGUUUACCGGCGACUCCUCCUUGUGGAACACCUACUAGGAAUAGAAGAUGUCUUCCUCAACCUCGAACAACAACCCCAGGAGGCAGACGUCUUCCCCAAAUAACACCAGGAACUCGUCGAGGGCGCGGCAGAAGGCAAUUUCAAUUAAAACGAAAUGCAUCUGCCGAACAGUCGGAAGACGUACCAGAUUAUUAUGAUCGAUCUGGUGCCAUGUCAGCAAUUCCUUAUAAUGAAGACUAUAAUUAUGCAUACACCAGUAGCAAUGACAAUCUAGAGGAUCAGAUGCUGGACAAACCAGUUGCGGCUGUGACGCCUGCAAGGAGACAAGGAGGGGCUGCACUUCCACAGGUUCCUCAGGUACCCGCAUAUCAGCCUCCUCCCGAGGAAACUUACUACAGUGCCCAAGAAGACUACAGUCGACCUCGUCUAGGAGGUCGUAAAACGUACUUCGAGCAACAAAACACCGAUUCAUUAGAAUCCAGAGACGACGAUUUGAAAGCAGAUUCAUUCGACACAGCUUUCUCGAGUGUCAGUACUGCAUUUUACAAAAACCAGGAAUUUCAGGAAUACAAAGAAGAAUAUGACAAACCAUCAGUCGUGACUACGAGCGCCCAACAGCAAUAUUUUAGGGACCAACAAGAUUAUCAGCAACAAGUUACUACGACGUCGUCGACUCUGCCACAUGUUUCUAUGAAUGGUAAUAAUUGA